AACCUAGUACCGUAUGUGCAGAAAAAGUAUUAUCUAUGACGUCUUCAUGAUAUGCGAAACUUGGUUUUGUUUGUGAUGGAGAAGAAUCAACUGAUCGUAGUCUCACCUCAUGUAUAUUUCUCUAUAUAAGGGGUACCGUCAAUCACUUUGGGAGAGGUUCUAGAUAUCUGAGAGCUCAUAAACCAUGGCUAAUGCGACCAUAAUGGUGCUGAAGGUGAACCUUCAAUGCCAUGAAUGCUACAGGAAGGUCAAAAAAGUUCUCUGUAGUUUUCCUCAAAUACAAGACCAGGUGUACGAUGAGAAGCAAAACACAGUGACAAUCAAAGUGGUCUGCUGCUGCGACCCUGAAAAGAUGAAGCAAAAGAUACUCUGCAAGGGCAAAGCAGUCAUCAAGAGCAUUGAGAUCAAAGUCCACAAAAAGAAAGAAAAAGAAGAUAAGGCUUCGAAUACCGAGGACAAGGACAAGAAGAAUGCAGAUGAAACAAAAGAUAAAAAUCAGCAAACAAACCUACCUCCACGUCCUGUUCAGCUGGUGCCUUGCGUGCCUUUUGUGCCGGUAUGCCCAGUUCCCGGAGCCGGCCCGUUUCGUCGCACGUGCUGCAGGGAAUGCUACGAAGGCCGCGUCGGUGGGCCAUGCUUCGAAGGUUAUGAUAAUAAUUGGGCAGCUGGCCCGUUUCGUCGCACGUGCUGCAGGGAAUGCUACGAAGGCCGCGUCGGUGGGCCAUGCUUCGAAGGUUAUGAUAAUAAUUGGGCAGCUGGCCCGUUUCGUCGCACGUGCUGCAGGGAAUGCUACGAAGGCCGCGUCGGUGGGCCAUGCUUCGAAGGUUAUGAUAAUAAUUGGGCAGCUGGCCCGUUUCGUCGCACGUGCUGCAGGGAAUGCAACGAAGGCCGCGUCGGUGGGCCAUGCUUUGAAGGUUAUGAGAAUAAUUCUGGACCAGUACCGUCAUCUUCUCAGUGCGACUGCUACUGGAGAAGGCCAGUAGUUUGUGAUAGUUAUGGUGGUGGGAAUAUCUACUUCCAUCCCCCUCAGGAACAGUGCUCCGAUCCAGAUGCUGGAUGCCAAAUUAUGUAACACUGUAUAUAGUACUACUACGCCAUGCUAGACUCGGUCAAAGCAAUUGUUGGUGGCUAGCAUGCACGCUGUUGCUUUAAGCUAAAUCUUGUAGUUUCGAUUCUUACACACGAAUAGUUGUCCCUCCAACUAUAAUUAGUACUAUUGUGUUCCACUAUGAAGGAAAGGGGAAAGCGAGUGCUUAAUGAGGAAGAAUGUAUACUUUUGUUUCCCCUUUUGUUUUCUUUUUUUUUUUAAACGACUUUUGUUUC